UGCCCUUUGACGCUUGGGAGAAAUCCGUCCCUCAACUACUUUCCAUACUGUACGAAUGCCGACCUGCGGCGUGGGUCUUUAUCUGUUUUCGCGCCCAAAUGAGCUCUCAAAACCAAGCCAAGCCACCCACGCAUCGUUUUGCUGUUGAAAUUUGAAAUGGCUACCCGCCUACACAGAAUUAUGGAAAAUGCGAAACGUUCCGAUGGGACAAAAUCACCAAGGAAGUGUAUUCCAAAAAAGAGACUGUUCGCACCUGAUCCCCUCCAUGACCAGUUUGUUGAUGAUUCAGAAGUGGCUGUACAAUGCUUUUCUCCCCGUAAUGGAAUCGAAGUCACCAAAGUCGAUUCUGAGGCUACAUCUGUGCAACUUAGUCCCUGCAAGGGGAAAACUUAUGCGACACUUACUUCCCCUGCGCAAACGCUAAAUUCUGUUAAAAGUUCAUCGAUAUCUUCACAGGGAACCUUAUUUUCUUCCACUCCAAAUUCUCUUGUUGUAACCAGUUGCUCAAUCAGCUCAUGGGUUGAUUCUCUUCCUACACUAACCCCGAUGCAAAUCCCCAUUCCUCAUUCCUCAACCUCAGCCUCUGGUGCUUUAUUUGUUUCCCCCACGUUUCAUUCUCUCCCUGUAACAAGUGAAUCAACCAGCUUCUCUGCUGGCACCCAUCAACCACCAACCCCGGGACAAAUCUCCCAAACCUCGUCCCUGAUCUCAACUCCUCAUGUCUCCUCAACUCCUCUAGUCUCCUCAACUUCUCUUGUCUCCUCAACUCCUCUUGUCUCCUCAACUCCUCUUGUCUCCUCAACUCCUCAUGUCUCCUCAACUCCUCAUGUCUCCUCAACUCCUCAUGUCUCCUCCACUCCCAGUUUGCUCACUGCAGCCGGUCUCCCGGUCACCUCCUGCGUUACCACUGUCACUCUACAAAUCCUCGGCUCUAACUCGGAAGCCCACUACUCUUCUAUACCGUGUUGCUCAUCAACCCCUAAUCAAAUCGACACUUCCUGUACUUCAUCCUCAAUCCCUUCUUCUUUUCCUGCUUCUAAAGCUUUGCUUUUUCCAUCAACAUCUUCUGUUUUGUCAACUUCUAAUUCCUUCUUCUCAACAGGUGUCCCAAUCACUUCAUGUGUUACCACCCCUCCUCAAAUCGUAUCACAAAUUUCCAGCAAUUUAAACAACAUUUUAAGUGCUUCCCAUCAGAAGUAUCCUAAACAUGCCCCAGGAAACCAUGUAAAGGUUUUAUUAUCUCAAACAAUAGAAGGGAUGGGCAUUCUUCGGCAUUUUGAAGUGAACGGAUGUUUAUCCGUAUCGAAACAGAAUGAACUGGCCCGGAUUGUUAUAGCAGAUGAAUUAGGCGUAGAAUUGUGGAAGACUUUAUCUGCGCAGCGGUUUGAGGCUCUUGCCCAAGAUAUCUGCUUAGCAUUUCGCUCUGAAACACCUAGUACCUACUUCAUCCCGUACUGUAAAAAAGAUGGCGAGAAACACUACGCAAAAGGAAAGCUGUAUGAUAGAUAUAAGAAUGUGAGGGAGAAGAUGAAAUGUAAUGGAAUUGUUCAGAGGAAAAGAAAGAAGCCUACGACUUCCACCACAGACAACAAUGCUCUUCCUGGAGAACCCUCCAUGAACAUCACAUGGUUGAGGCACAAUGACAAACCCUGGCAAGAGGUGAAAGAUUAUUUCAAGGCGACUCUCAUGGAACGCUUACAACUUUUUAUAAGAAGUGGAGAGAACAUUAAUUCAUACUUUGAGUCGUACCCUGCUUUGAAACUUUCAGAAGCAUCCGAAUUAUUCGAAGAAGACUUUGCAGCAAAGCAUCCAUCAGCUCAAGUAACAUUCCUCAGCAAUUGGCCUAAAAUGGAAGCGAAAAUAAUAUUUCUAGCAGAGCAAAUGUGCGUGCAGAACAAAGAACUACUGAAUGUAUUAAAGUCAUUGGAGGUUAAUCUAAAUGAUAAAGAACCUGACGCAGUUUCUCUGAAUGCAUUUUACUUCUUGAUAGUCAUUUUUCCAUCGGUUGUCAUCAAAGGCAAGUGGAAACUUUCUAGAUUAGAAUGCAAAGAUGCAUUCAUUCUGUAUGCUGAUAAUGAAACAGACUGCAAUUUCAAAAUUGAUGCACGGCGAUCCCGAUUGGCAGCUCAUGGUGAAUGUCUCCCUCCAGUCCCAGUGUUCAUAGGUCCGCUGUCUGCAGGUAGCUUUUUUGUCUAUGCUAAUGGAACAUAUUUUGAAUGCCCAACACUGUUGAAAUCAAUAGACCUGUGUUUCAAGAUAUAUAUCACCUUGGAGGCGCCUUUCCCACCUGACUGUGUCCUACCAUGGACCUUCAUCGGCAAGUACAUCUAUGGUCUGCAAUUGCAAAACGCGAAAGUCAUUCCAGCCGUAGAAAACCUUGGUCAUCGCUUAGAAAAUUUACAAUUGCCUGUCAGUGAUUAG